GUGAGGGAGAAAAGAGCAACGUAGCAACAUUUUUGCGGUGGAGGUGUCGUGUCAGAAGCAAUAAUUUGAGAAUCAGUUUUUCCGCGGACUCCAGAGGAAGUGGAUGCCCUUUUACUUUGGACUGAAUUGCCAAGAGUGUGAAAAAUUGUGAAAAUUCCCAGAGAUUUUCUCACAAAAUCCACAAAAGACGAGAUAUAGUAAGGAAAGAAAAAAAAGUCUGUGUAAUUGUUAGUGUUUAAGAUGCUUAAGUCACUAGUAGUCGUAUCGUGCCUUGUGGCGGUCAUUCGCUGUGAUUCUGGUCUCAAAGUUGACGUGGUCAGUGUACCGGAAGUGUGUUCCAACAAGUCGAAAAAUGGUGAUAUGCUCACAAUGCACUACACCGGAACACUCACAGACGGCAAGAAAUUCGACUCAAGCCUGGACCGAGACCAACCCUUCACGUUCCAAUUAGGUGCUGGCCAGGUUAUCAAGGGCUGGGACCAAGGACUUUUGGACAUGUGUGUGGGCGAGAGGAGGAAGCUCACAAUUCCCCCCAAUUUGGCUUAUGGUGACCGAGGGGCUGGAAGUGUUAUUCCCGGUGGAGCUACACUCAUCUUUGAAGUGGAACUCAUCAACAUUGGCGACUCUGCGCCCAGCACUAAUGUUUUCAAGGAGAUUGACGAGAACAAGGACAAUCAGCUGAGCCGGGAAGAGGUAAUUGGAUAUGUCAGUGAGUACCUUAAGAAGCAAAUGACCGCAGUUGAGGGUCAGGAAUCCGAUGAAUUGAAGAGCAUGCUCCAGGAGCACGAUAAACUCGUCGAAGAGAUCUUCCAGCAUGAAGACAAGGACAAGAAUGGCUUCAUCUCACACGAUGAAUUCUCUGGGCCUAAACAUGACGAAUUAUAAUUGUCCCGUAGUGCUGAGACAUCGAGAAUUUUAUUUUAAUCACGUCUCUUUUGUUACAUUUACCAUUAUUGAGGAAAGAAUCAAUGUUAAUUAGGUGUAAUGAUGUAAUGGACUUAAGUGAAGAAGGUGUAAUCACGAUUUUUUUGACUCUUAGUUCAACGAUUUUUAAUUUUUUGGUACCUAUUCUCUUAUUUAAAACGUAGACGGAGCCUAAGAAUUCGUCUGCAAGCAGAAGAAUCUUCGCAACAGCAAAUUCCAUGAAGAUAUUCAAUUCAAUGAAAUGUCUGGUUAAUGAGUUUUAUAUUUUACUUAAUUUGUUGAUGUACAUAUUUAUUGAAGGAAUUACCAUGCGAAUGAUGCAAAGGAGGUAAUUUAGAGGUUUUCUUUUCUUCUCUGUUAAUAAUUUUUAUAUUACUACAUUUUUUUUUGUAAACAAUUGCCGUUUUCAAUGGCAAAAAUGGAACGAAAACAUAUCAUGAAUUUUGUAAGCAAAAGUGGAAACAAUUUAGGAAUUUGUGAGCUUUUGUACAUGAAAAUAUUUUUAAUCGAGACAGCAAUGUAGAUGACGACGAGUUUUCCAAUAAAAGUAUUUUCAAGUUUCCGAAGAAAA